AUGCAACAGAACAAAUGUGGGGAGAGUGGAAGUGGUAAGUUUACUUUGCAACAGCUCUUUCAACAAUCCAAGGUAAUUGAUGUAGAAGUCAUUAGUAUAGGAAUGGAUAUCACUUGUGAUUUUGCUAAUUCUGGAUUGAGAGAAACUAUGAUUCUCAUUCAUAGAUUCUCUAAAAACAUCCUUCGCACAAAGGAACUCUUUGCAUACAGGUCAAUUCAAAUGUUGGUUUCUGGACUGGUUUGGGGCUCAGUCUUUUGUAAUCUCAAGGAUGGUCUAGUGGGAGCAGAAGAAAGAGUGGGUCUAUUUGCUUUCAUUUUAACGUUUAUGCUAUCAAGCACCACCGAAGCUCUACCAAUUUUUCUGCAAGAAAGGGAUAUUCGAAUGAAAGAAACUUCUAGUGGAAGUUACAGAGUUUCAUCCUAUACUAUCGCGAAUGGCCUAGUUUACCUACCAUUUUUGCUCAUACUAGCUAUUUUAUUCGCAAUGCCUUUGUACUGGCUUAUUGGUCUCAACAGGAAUUUCUCGGCAUUUUUGUACUUUUUGAUGCUAAUUUGGCUAAUUCUUUAUACUGCAAAUUCGGUUGUGGUGUGUUUCAGUGCUCUGGUGCCCAAUUUCAUUGUUGGGAAUUUAAUGAUCGCUGGUGUCAUUGGUUCGUUUCUGUUGUUCUCUGGCUACUUCGUAUCAAAACAUGAAAUUCCAAGUUACUGGAUUUUUAUGCAUUAUAUAUCUCCAUUUAAGUAUCCCUUUGAAGGGUUUCUAAUACAUGAGUUCUCCAACUCAAAAAAGUGCUUCGAGUACUUGUUCGGCGCAUGCAUGGUGAGAGGAGAGGAUAUACUUAAAGAAGCAGAGCUAGGAGGGGAGAAUAGUAGAAGGAAGAAUGUUGGGUUGAUGAUGGGCUUCAUCCUGGUUUCCAUGUUCAUUUCUUAUGCAAUUCUUAGGUACCGAUGCUCUCAAGGAGUCAUCCUUAAAGCAUGA